UGUUCGACCAAUGAGAGCAGCGUUUGUUGCGGGGUCGUGUGUACGCGUGGGACUGUCAGAAAGGAAGCACUGAAUCUCAGCCAGAAGGUUGCAGCCUGAGUAAAAGUCAAUAACCUGAGUGUGUGGGAUGUUUGCUGAGAAGACACCGUCCUCCUGUGUGUUUGUGUGACCGAGUGUUUGCAGGGCAGGUGGAGAUGUUCCGCCGUGUGCUGGGGAAGGCGCUGGGCUUUGUGGGCUACACCAUCCAGUAUGGCUGCAUUGCACACUGUGCCUUUGAAUACAUUGGAGAAGUUGUUGUGUGUUCAGGUCCAUCCAUGGAGCCGACCAUUGUGAGCCAGGAUAUUGUCUUCUCGGAGCGAAUGAGCCGACAUCUCUGCAAAAUAGAAAAAGGUGAUAUAGUGAUUGCAAAGAGCCCAUUUGACCCAAAUAUGAACAUUUGUAAAAGGGUGAUUGGACUGGAAGGUGACAAGAUCUGCACAAGUGCCCCUUCAGAUCUUUUCAAGACCCACACAUAUGUUCCAAAAGGCCACGUGUGGCUAGAAGGGGAUAACCUCAGGAAUUCCACUGACUCAAGGAGCUAUGGCCCAAUUCCUUAUGCCCUCAUCCGAGGGCGGGUUUGCUUAAAGCUCUGGCCGCCACAUAGUUUUGGGACCCUGAGUGAAAGCCCGAGCAGACAGAUCAUUAAAGCUCAGAGUGACUCAGACUCAGAUUGAUUCACUCACUUUGUUUUUAUUGUGUCACCUUUUUUAAAUAAAGCUGAUUUUUAUUUAA